CACAUACACACACACGAGGAUUCGUUCGGAGCUACUGCUGAGUCGAGGCUCCUUUUUUUUCUGUCCUCCUCACGCGCGUGAGGCGAGACCGGCUGUUUUAGUUCAGAAUAACGGGGGGGCUGUUUAAAUAACGACAAGUUUUAACGGGGGUGACUUUAGUAACGGGGAUUUGAACCGAACGAAGAUAUCGCGUUGUCUUUCUUCGUCGUAUAUACAAGUAAAUAUAUAAAUAUUUGCGUUAAAGACGAGCAGUUUCAGCCCCGCGCGCGCCAAUGGAGCCAGCGCGAGACGCUGCCCCGGAUUCGUGGGAGCAGGAGGAUGAGGGCAGCGAGGCCCCGGUCAGCGCUCACACCGGCCUCAGCGACUCCUUCAGCGGCCUCAACGUCAACGCCAAGCCCUUCAUCCCGAACGUCAACGCGGCCGAGUUUGUCCCCGGCUAUCUCCAGAAAGCGCCCGCGGAAACCAUCGCCCCUGUAGCCGUUCCGGAGAAAGGUGGCCGUAUUGAGGUCUCAGAACCGGCUGCAGCUCCGCCCAUGGAGAACGGCUCUGGAGACGGAGAGACAGCAGCCGAGGAAGAGAGCUGGGAGCAGAAAGGAGGAGAGGAAGACUCGCUCCAGGAGGAGGGAUUGGAGGAGGACGAAGAAGCGCCAACGCCAAAAAUGACUCCCGCUCAGCCCAACGCGCCCAAGAAGGAGCACGUCAACGUGGUCUUCAUCGGACACGUGGACGCUGGUAAAUCGACCAUCGGCGGACAGAUCAUGUAUUUAACAGGCAUGGUGGAGAAGCGAACUCUGGAGAAAUACGAAAGAGAGGCCAAGGAGAAGAACAGGGAAACUUGGUACCUCUCUUGGGCCCUUGAUACGAAUCAGGAGGAGAGAGAUAAGGGUAAAACCGUGGAGGUGGGCCGUGCGUAUUUUGAGACGGAGAAGAAGCACUUCACCAUCCUGGACGCGCCGGGACACAAGAGCUUUGUCCCGAACAUGAUCGGAGGCGCGUCGCAAGCUGAUUUGGCAGUGCUGGUGAUUUCAGCGCGUAAAGGCGAGUUUGAGACAGGGUUUGAAAAAGGAGGCCAGACGCGAGAGCACGCCAUGCUGGCCAAAACGGCGGGAGUCAAACACCUGAUCGUCCUUGUGAACAAAAUGGACGACCCCACUGUGAACUGGAGCUUGGAGAGAUACGAGGAGUGUAAGGAGAAACUGGUGCCAUUUUUGAAGAAGGUGGGCUUCAACCCCAGAAAAGACAUUCAUUUCAUGCCAUGUUCAGGACUGACAGGGGCCAACCUGAAAGAACCAGCGGAGCACUGCUCCUGGUACACAGGAUUACCGUUCAUUCCACACCUGGACAGUUUGCCAAAUUUCAACAGAUCCAGCGACGGACCAGUCAGGUUACCGAUCGUAGAUAAAUACAAGGACAUGGGCACUGUGAUUUUGGGCAAGUUGGAGUCCGGCUGCAUCAGCAAAGCCCAGCAACUUGUAAUGAUGCCUAACAGGCACACCGUGGAGGUGCUGAGCCUGCUUUCGGAUGAUGUAGAGACGGACGACGCAGGACCCGGGGAGAAUCUGAAGCUUCGACUUAAAGGCAUUGAGGAAGAGGAGAUCCUGCCCGGCUUCAUCCUGUGUACUCCGGAGAACCUCUGUCACUCGGGACGCACCUUCGACGCUCAGAUCGUUAUCAUUGAACACAAGUCCAUCAUCUGCCCAGGGUACAACGCAGUCCUGCACAUUCACACCUGCAUCGAGGAAGUGCAAAUCACGGCCUUAAUUUGUUUGGUGGACAAGAAGACGGGUGAGAAGAGCAAGACGCGACCUCGCUUCGUCAAACAGGACCAAGUGUGCAUCGCUCGCCUUCGAACCGCCGGGACCAUCUGCCUCGAGACAUUCAAAGACUUCCCUCAGAUGGGCCGGUUCACCCUGAGGGACGAAGGAAAGACCAUUGCUAUUGGGAAAGUGUUGAAGCUUGUUGCUGAGAAAGACUGAAAAGCUCGUGCGCGAGUGUGUGUGUGUCGUGGAGAAACCGAACAUGGAGGAGAGGUGGGUGUUGCGGCAGGAGAAACACGUUUCCCAGCCUUCCUGCCCUCCCGAAGAACCAGCUCACAAACGCAAAACAACUUCUCUAACAAGAAAUUUGUUUUUAAGCAAAGAAAAAAAAAUUUAAAAAAAGAAAUGAAAAGAAAUCGAGUCCACACGUUGUCAGCUUUCUCAUAUUGAGAGCUCAGCAGUGCCAUUUUGUUUUUUUUCAGUCUCCCUUCACCAGACUCACAGAAGAUGGUUGUGUUUAUUGUGGUCUGUUUUUUUUUUUUUUCUUUUUCCCACCAGAGGAAUACAGUGUGCAGCGAAGACGCCAUUAUAAUAAAGUUGUGGACCAGAGUUCGCUUGUCUAACAGUAACGUUUGAAAUGAUUAACCAGUCAAAGCUGGAAAAAUAAUUAAACAUCAGUAUCUCGGUCGUAUUGUCUCCCUUCGCUUAUACACACACACACACUUUGGUUUCUCUGCUCAUAGCGUUCUUGCAGAGCGCAUGAGCGUGCUCACAUGUUAUUAAAGCAAACUUCUAUGACAAUAAAAAUAUUAAAUUGGGGAAGUUCUAAGA